AUGGAAGCAGCUGGCCUCUCUCUCUCUCUCUCUCUCUCUUUCUCUUUCUCUCUCUCUCUCUCUCUCUCUCUUUUCAUACAUCCCAUUCAAGAAUUUAUUUGGAUAUCAUUUGAAAAAAAAAUUCUUGCUUCGAUCGUUCAGAAUUAUUCUCUGUUGAUGCAUGUGUUUUUCUCUUUUUCUCUUUCUUUUUUUUUCUUUUUUUUUUUUACUUUUUCUGUUUUCGUUAACUUUUUCUUUUCUCUUUUCUUUAACUUUUUCGUUUAUCUUUCUUCUUUUUUAUUUUGCUUUUUCGUUUUAUGCUUUCUUUUUUUCCUAUUUUCUUUUACUUUUGUUUUUUUUAUGGUUUCUAUUUUUUUGUGUGUUUUUUAUUCUUUUACGUUUUUUUAUAUUUUUUUUUAUUUUUCUUUGUUCUUUCGUACUUUUUUCUUUAUUUGUUUUACAUUUUCCUCUUUUUUUUUCAAUUUAAUUUUUCUACUUAACUUUACUUUUAUCUUUUUCUUUUAUCUUUUUUAUUUUAUUUUUUUAAUUUUAUGCUUUCUUUUUCUUUUUUUUCUAUUUUCUUUUACUUUUCUUAUUUUCUUUUCCUUUUUUCAUUUUUCGUUUUUUAUUACUUUUAGCUUCACCUUUUGCAUUUUCUUCUUCCUUUGGGCUUUUCCUGCUGAAAUUUUAUUAUUAUUUUCCAAUUCUUUUACUUUUCUUUUUUUCUGUUAUUUAUCACAAAGCAAAAACCUCACCCAGGUGGAGGGACUCAGUCGAGGUUCAUCGAGUCUCGACUUGUGUCGAGGUAUUAACAACGGCUCUUCGCCCCUGGUCCGUAGACACCUUGAGCGCACAGAUUCUAUUUUCUUAGUGACUUUUCCCUUACUGGCUCCUGUGAUGCCCCAGUUUGUUGCAGGCUCGGCAGAGAGGCUGACCAGCAAAACCCUUGCAUCCUUCCUCCAUGAUAUCCACACGUUUCUCCUUUGUAUAAACUGCUAUCUCUCUCUUCCCCUUCUCUCCGCUCUCUCUCUCUCUCUCUCUCUCUUUCUUACUUUCAUUCUCUUCUAUCUUCUCUUCUGUCUCUCUUCCUAUCUCUUUCCUUUCUCUAUUUUUUCUACAUUCUGUAACCAUUUUUUUCUCUCAACUCUCACUCUGUCUCUCUCUCUUUCUUUCUUUCUUUCUUUCUUACUUACUUCGCUCAUUCUUUCUUUCUUUCUUUUUUUUUCUACAUUGUUAUUUUAUUCUAUACCCAUUUCUCUUUCUUUCUUUCUUUCUUUCUUUCUUUCUUUCUUUCUUUCUUUCUUUCUUUCUUAUUCCUGUCUCCUUCCCUUCUUUUUGGUUCUUUCUCACUUUCUUUCAUUCGUUCAUUCGUUUUUGUUUUCUUUCAUCCUUGUUUCUUCCUCUCUCCUUCCCUUCUUUCCGUUUUUUUCCAGAGUUCUUUCUUUCUUUUUCUUUCUUUCUUUCUUUCUUUCUUUCUUUCUUUCUUUCUUUCUUUCUUUCUUUCGUUUGUUCGUUCGUUUGUGCGUUCGUUCUUUCUUUCAUCUUUGCUUCUCACCCUCUCUUUCAUUUCUUCUCUUUUCUUGUUCUCCCGUUUCUUUCUUUCUUUCUUUCUUUCUUUCUUUCUUUCUUUCUUUCUUUCUUUCUUCCUUCCUUUCUUUCUUUCUUUCUUUCUUUCUUACUUGCUUUGUCCUUGUCCUCAUUUCUCCGCCCUCACCGAUUUUCUUCCAGAUACUCAUCGACCAUUGUGCAAUUACUUCAUCAUUAAUUUCUAUCUCUUAA